AUGAGCUAUGUGGAUUAUUCAUGUACGAUUACCCCAUGCGUGGCUAUCAGUUUCGGUUAUUCAACCUAUUGGAUUGAAUUACAUUCAAUUUAUAUAUUCUUGUUUGUCUUUGUUCAGGUUCUCGAUUCCGGGCUUAUUUGCAUUUUGGACGUUGAAUUGGAAGGAGUUAAAUCGGUUCAUGCCUUAAACCCCCCUCUGAAUGCCCACUACAUCCUUAUUCGCCCUCCGUCCAUUGAGGCACUUGAGAAGCGGCUUCGUGAUCGAGGCACAGAAACGGAAGAAACACUACAGCGGCGUUUAGACCGUGCACGCAAAGACAUUGAGUUCGCCGAAAGUGAUGCUGGACGCUCCCUUUACAACAAAGUGAUCAUCAACGACCAGCUGGAAGAAGCUUUCAAGGAACUCACAAACUUCCUCGAUCCACUCCUCACGAAAUAA